UCAAGGAUGGUAAUUAACUCGACUAAUUCAAUUAAUUGUAAUCUUUGUGGUUCUUCCGGAAGUUCAGUUAAAUGUGAUCGAUGUGAUUCAAAAACCUUUUGUAUUUCCUGUGAUGAUAUGUAUCACCGUCAUCCCAAGAGACGAUUUCAUUUGAGAAAAACAAUUAACCAGCAAUCAAAUGGAUCUAAUCAAAUGAUAUCACCUUUAACUCGUCCCUUUCAAAGUUCAUCUCCAUCUCCAUCACCAUCGCCUUCAUUAUCUUCAGUUAAUGUUAAUUUUCAUUCCGAAUCACGAUUGGCUUCAUCAUCACCGAUUACCAAUAACACAAUUAAAUCACAAUCAAUAAUCUCACAAUUCCAAUCAUCAGAAUCUUCUCAUCAUCAUCCAUCUAAGAUGCCAAUACCACCUCCAAGGAGAAAGAAAAAACCACAAGAGGAUCCAAAUGGAUCAUUCUUACCCCAAUUUGGUCAAACUCGAGUUAUUCAAUAUCAAUCUGGAUCAAAUUACCGAUCAGUUGAUCAUUUAAAUCAAUCAGGACAAUAUUUCAAUGACCAACAAUCAAAACAUCAACAAUCUCAACCAUCACCGAAUCAACAACAGCGUUUAAAUUACAAUUAUCUUCGUCCAUUUGAUGAAGAGUACAGAAGAGGAAGUUCAAAUAUUGGAACCGGAAGUUCAAAUCUAUCGAGUGCUAAUAGCAGUAGCUUAUCAAGUGAGCAAUGGUCAAGUGAGGUUGGUUCAGCCGGAAAUGUUGUACCACCGGCACUUCCGUUGAAAAAGAAAUGGUCACAAUCUUUACCAGGAAAAUCUGAGUCUCAUGGAUCUGAACAGUCCAUAUAUCAAUUCAAAUCAAUAUUAUCACCAACGCUUCCUCCUCAUCAUCCAAUGAACUUCGGAGCAUCACCUUAUCAUCAUCAACAAUCAGCGCAAUUAAAUCAACAUGGUCAGUAUCAUAUGGGGUCAGUUUCUCUUGCUCAAAGUAUGGAGGAUCUCGGGUUGGAUGAUAGAGAUGAUCAAGUUUCAGAUGAAGAUUUUCCUGAUCAUGGGACAUUAACUCGUAAUAAGAGUAGAUUAUCAUCAUUAGUUAAUCGUCGAAAUGGUUCAAUGAAACGAUCUCAAAGUUCAUAUUUAGUUAAUCAGCAAUGGCAACAACAGAAUCAUCAACAACCAAUGGUUCCACCUUAUUGGAUUAAUCCUGUUUAUCCAAUGUAUUCAGGAGGGUAUCCGAUGAUUCCAGGGGGUGGUAUUGGUCCUUCACCUUUACCACCUUCUUCUUAUAAUAAUAAUUUAAGAGCGUCACCCUCACCAUCAUUACGAUCGCUUAACUUGAAUCGCCCCAAGCGAAGUGGUUCAAGUCAAUCAGUUCGGUCAUCGGUAGUUCGUGAAAGCUCACCUGGAAUCAUGCGAAAAUCAUCCGUCUCAUCUUCAUCAUCUUCUCACCAUCGUUCCCAUCCUCCUCAUCCUCAUCCUCAUCCACAUCAUCAUCAAAAUCAUUCAUCACAAUCUCGGAAUAAAAUGUUUGAUCAAAGAUCAACAUCAAUUCCCAGGUCACUUACGUCAUCUCGUUACUCAAUGAGAGCAACCGAUUCAGAAGAUGAAGAUGAUUACGCAAGCCAAUCGGAAGAUGAUGAAAUUGAUGAGGAAGAUGAUGAUAGAUUUAGUCAAGCAUCUUCGUUAGAGCCAAAUAAAUUGUGGACUUGUUAUGCUUGUACCUAUGUGAAUAACCCGAACGCUGAGAUUUGUGAAAUGUGUGGUAAAAGUCAUCCCAGUCGAUUGAAGCGCAUCGGUCAACGGGGAAAACAACCAAGGCCAAUGAAAGAAGAGCCGACGAAAGAGAAUCGAUCAGUCGAAUCAGCUAAUCAAUCGGUUGGUAAAAAGGGACCUGAAGUAGUUAUAACCAGUGAUUUAAUUCGUGAACAAAUGGAGAUUGAGAAGGAGCUUCGUCGAAGUGAUCAACAGAUUAAACAACAGCAAUCAGUUGAUGCAUCUUCAACUACAAUUAAAAAUGAUCAGGGUAAAGAUUUGAAUGAAAAUCAUAAUACUGGAUUGGUGGGAAUUAACAAAAGUCCAAGUGAAAUUAAUCAGGCUAACAAACCUGUUGAUUUUAAUUCUAAUGAAUUAAGUCAACCAUUAAUCACACCUCAAGCAUUAGUUAAUCAGCCAAUUAAUCAAAACCCACAAUUAGGAAUUGCUGGUUCACCAAUUCCAUUGAAUUUACCAGCAAUUUAUCACAAUCAACAACAACAGCAAACAAAUCAGCAAAUUUAUCCAUCGUAUCCAAAUCAAUAUCCAAUGAUGGGCCAACAAUUAAAUCAAAUCAAUUCUAGUCAAUCAAUUAUUACGAUCAAACAAUUACAUCGGAUUAAAUUCACCAAAUUGUGA